GCUGGGGAACAAACAGAGACAGGAGCUGAAAGGUGAGGAGGAGUGCCGUGGAAACGUCCCGGAGAGCAGAAUCAGUGACGGAGAAGUGAACUAUUUUUCUACCAACACGCCGAAAAUGAAUAUCCCUUAAUGAAGAUAAAAACAUGGCAGUGAAACAAGCUAUUUCCUUCCGACAUGGAAGUCUUAUGCGAAGUAAAUCUGAAGGAACCCUCAUUGAUCUGGGUCCAAAUCUCAGAAUUGGGGACAACUUAAAUGGAGUAAAUGUAUUAGGAAGAGCACAAAACCAUCAUUGGCCAUUGUUGCAGCCAGAACAGAGUUCUUCAAUAAAAAACCCUUUUUGGAGUAAACUAUCCACUUCAAAUCCUUUCCUCGAGGACAUUGUGGACAGCUGCACAGACAAAGAUAAUUUCAAAGCAUCAGGUCUAAAAGAAGAUAAGAUACAAACAGAGCCAAGUCAUGGCGAUGACAUUAGCACAUCAUCAGAUGAAGGCAACGUGGGCAACUUUUUACAGAGCAAAUUCAAAGUCAGCAACCAAUCUGGGAGAUGGAGGAGCGCUUCAGACAUUCUGGACGAAUUAGGAAGAAAGGUGCCAAAAUGUGAGAACAGCUCGAAACCUCCUGGGCUGGUGCUGAGCCCUGAUUUUGAGUGGCUAAAAAAUGACAGAGAAGCCUAUAAGAUGGCCUGGCUGAGUCACAGGCAACUAACACGUUCAUGUUUAGAUUUGAAUUUAAUGAGUCAGAGCCCUGGAUGGGCUCAAACACAGGCCGCUAACUUUCAAGUCAUCUCCAAGAUUGACCACCUUGGAGGCAGAGUGGAGUUACCCGAGUCCAAAAUAGCCAUCCAUGUCCCAGAGGGACAUGUUCCCCCUGGAGAAAUACAGGAGAUUUCUCUGAAAGCAAUGCUGGACCCUCCUCCUGGACUCAACACAAGCUACAUGACCACCAUGAGUCCCCUUCUUGAGGUCAUCUUAAGCAACAUCAACACAAAGGAAAGCUUGUCUGUGGAGAUGAAGCUGUCAGGGGAGGUGAAGAGUGACUCUGAAAGUCAGCUGAUGACCACUGUGUUUGGGUUAGUGUCCAGCAAAAGAGAUGGCCCAUACAUGCAAACCAGCAACUGCAACAUUCAGAACAACACCAUACAGAUAAAGCUGCAGGACUUGAAGACACAUUUUUUUGUGAUCGCAGUUGCAGAGGCCUCUCUAAUUGAGCCACCUGUUACUUCAGUCUGGGAUUAUCUAGAUCGACAAAUUACUAUUGCAGUCUACGGCCCAAGAUACAUCCACCCGUCAUUCAAGCUUGUAAUCGUCAUCUGCUGCCAUGAGGAUGUUCCACCAAAGCUUCCGUUCUCUGACAUCUGCCGGGGAAACAAACAGUUGCCUCCUGUUGUGCUGCAGCUUUGGAGAAAGCAUUCCUUUAAAGUAGACAAGCUGGUUGACUUUGAAAUAGCAGUUGGUAUUAAAGGAUCAGUGUUUAGAAUUAAAGCUGAGGACAAAGUGAAGCAAGUGAGGCAAAGUCAGCUAAAGAUCGGAACUGUUGUGCAUCUACCAGUGACGGUAUCUUGUUCUGGUAACACAGAUCUGGCACCUUUCAAACUAGACUUAAAUGUGAAGGAAUUAAACUUGGCCUCUGGCAACGCAUCAUUUCAGGUGCAUUCCCCUUCUACUGCACCUAUCAGAUCAGAGAAGCGCUUAUCAAAAAAAAUAGAAAGGAGAACUGAAAUGGCCAAAACCUCACCUAUUCCUGAAGAAAGUGACCCAGAUGUUCUUGAAUUUGAAGACAGAUCCAUGAUCUUGCAGAAUUAUGGUGUAGCUCUUAAAACAGUCAUUCGACAGCCACACGUUGAGUACCUGCUGGAGUAUUUCAAGGGCGACACAAUGGCUCUCCUUUCCACAGAGGCUGUCAAGUCAGUUGGUAACCUAAAAGUAAAAGAGUGGUACAUCGGAUUCCUCAGAGGCAGGACCGGCUUGGUUCACUGCAAAAAUGUCAAAGUCAUAACCAGGGAUCAGGUGAUAGACUUCACAGGCAUUAAACUCUCGACAGAAAUUCUGUUAGACAACAUGGCAAUGCCCUUCAAGAAGCUAACCUACAUGUACUCAGCCACCCAGACCCUGGUGACGAAACACAUUAAAAACUGGAGAGGUUUUGCUGAUUCUUUGGGAUACAAAAACCAGCCACUGGAUGCGAUCACAUGGAGGCACGCUGAAACAGAGGCCGAUAAAAUAGCCUGCGUUCUGGAAAAGCUGAAGGAGGACUGCCACUGUGAGAACUCAAAGUCAAAGUUCCUGCAUGAGCUGAUGAUGGGGCUACUGAAGAUGGACUGUGUGAAUGUUGCCGUGCAGCUCAUUCAGAACACCGUCAUUCUUUCGGCUGCUGUGGAGCUGGGAAUCCGAUGGCGGGAGCUUGCUGAGAAGAUGGCCAAACUGUCCAGUGCUCAAAUCGCCAGUUAUGAGGCACCGCAUCGGGGGAAGAAUGGGGAAGUCAAUCCACAGGCCAUGUGGAAACCUGCAUAUGACUUCCUGUAUACCUGGAGUCUCCGUUAUGGAGAUAGCUACAAGGACAUGAUCCAGGAUCUUCAUCUUCUCCUUGAUAAAAUGAGAAACCCUGUCACUAGACAGUGGAGACACCUGACCGGCGCACUCAUCACUGUAAACUGCCUUGAGAUCUUUCAAGGCGCUGCUUUUCCAAAGCAAUAUGAAGAAACAAAACGUUAAGUUCGCAUUAAGUUCCAGCUUAGGCUCUUAACACUUGGUGCUCUUAAAAUGGGUGAGCUGGCAUGACAAAUAAGGAAAUGUUGAGGCAUCUUUUUAUCUAUAUAAAUUAAAAAAAGUAAUUUUAGAAUAUUGCUCCUGAAAGCUACUGUGUUACUCCUAAUUACUUCCAGUAAAUGAACUCUGUUUUUUAACCCUGAGCUAAAAUGCUAUAACACAUAUUGCAGCUGAAAAACAGGUUUGUUCUACGAUGCUUGUGUUUAGUAAUGUCUAUGUUUAGUUAUUAUGUGAUGACCCAUGCAUGCUGUGUUUAUGGCUUCUAGGAGUUUCAAAACACAAUGUUACUGACUAAAAGUAGAAAAACAAGCAGUCAGGAAACACACAAAUGUGAAGACUGUUACUGAAAUCCAAACGACUGCAGUAUCAUACAUUAUUUUUGCUUUCUUUUGUCUUUAUUUUUGUUUGGUUACAUAUAAAAAUAAAACUAUUUUUGCCAAAGUUACCAAAAGACUGGUGAAGGAACAGGUGAAGUUACAGUUCCAUAUGUCUAAAUUUGUUGUUUUCCUAAAUGUUAGCACUAUUUUUUUGUAUUGCAAAGUGUGACUUAUGCAUGAACCAGUAAUGUAAUAAAGUAAAUGUAGCUGAAA